GAUGCUGCGCGCGUAGCGUCCGACGCGAUACUCCUCCGCGUAACAGGUCUAUGAAGUGCUCUGCAACUUUGAAAAUGUCUUAAAGCAGGCCAAUAGAUGACUACAGUCAGUUACGAGAUAGUAUUUAGGCGUAAUAGAAUUGCUAGAAUUGACUUAGCAGCUUUACUUUCCUCAACACGACCAUUAUGUUGCCUUGGAAGAAGAACAAGUUCGAGCUGAUCGAGGAAGACAAGCAGCAGUCCAAGCAGAAGGGCUAUGCCGUGAGCCUCAACUACUCCGCGCUCACCUCCUUCGCCAAAUCUUGCCCAGAAAGCGCGCUCAACAGAGUCGGGAGUAUGUUCAAAUCUAAGAGGAAAAAGGUGAAGAUCACCAGCGAGGACCCUACGUACACGGUCCUGUACCUGGGCAAUGCCACCACCAUCCAGUCCAAGGGGGAAGGAUGCACAGACGUGGCCGUCAGUAAGAUCUGGGGCAAGAGCGAGAUGGGCAAGAAAGGCACCAAGAUGAAGCUGACCAUCAGCUCGCAGGGCAUCCGCAUGGUCCACGUCGACGAAAAGGCGAAGAGACCAGGACACCUGUAUUUAUUGCACAGGAUCACUUACUGUGUCGCAGACCCGCGGCUCCCCAAGAUCUUCGCCUGGGUCUACCGGCACGAGAUGAAGCACAAGGCGGUGAUGCUGCGCUGCCACGCCGUGCUGGUGUCCAAGCCGGAGAAGGCGAAGGCCAUGGCGCUGCUCCUCUACCAGACCUCCGCGACAGCGCUGGCCGAGUUUAAACGACUCAAAAGAAGGGACGACGCCAGGCACCAGCAACAGCAGUUGAUCGGCGAGCAAACGAUUCCCUUGGUGCCCCUGAGGAAGCUGCUAAACGGACAGUGUUACUACAAGCCCCCGGUGGAGCGAAGUAGGAGCGCACCCAAACUGGGCUCCAUCACGGAGGACCUGAUCGGGGAGGAGGAGGAGGAGAAAGCCAUGCACUUUGAGUGCGAGGAUAUUCUGGACACCGUCAGCGACUGUGUGGCCAACGGCAAGCAAGAACUAUGCCAGAUUAUCAAUGACUUGGGCUCCAUGAGUAUAGGGAACGACGUGCAGAUGCUAAAAGCCGAUUUGAGGGUGACUCGCCUGCUGUCCGGGGAGAGCACAGGCAGCGACUCUUCCAUAGACAGCAACCAAGAGACCGGCUCUCUUGCCAAUGGCACUGUGGAUGGGAGAAUGCAAGAAGUCGGCUGACCAUUCUUGAAUAUAAUAAAGACACGAUGCUUCGUGAUAAAGAAGAAAAGCGUUUGGGUGCACGAAUGUGCCAUUUCAUCCACUUGACUUGAAAGCGCAACGUUAGGAUUCACGGGGUGUGUUUUAAAACCCAGCGAGCUGCCUACCUAGAAGUUUCGACCAAAACUACUGCUCUCUGUAAAAAAAAAAAAAAAAAAUGUAUAUUAAAAUUUGAUUGCAGCCUUAAGUAAAUUCAAAAUGGUGCCAAAGUUACAACCCUUCACGUUUUCAACUAAUUCUUUUUUUUACGUUAUUUUUUUUGUGCUAACCUCAAUGGAUGAAAAGACGAAUGUAAUGCAAACAUUUGAGUUCAGCUGAUUCAGAGUGCCCACAAAAUGCUGUUGGUAGGCAGCCCACUAGGUUUUGAGACACAAGCCAUGGAGAUGUUUGUGGACUUAACAGACACUUGCACAAUAAUCCCUCAUUAGGGGUCUGGAUGGAAGCACCAGAGUUGUAGCGCAAUAAGACGCUUACAGUCUCUGCUUAACCUCUCUAUGCUGUAAGAGGUUUUAGGAAUGAUCUUGUUUACCUAGUAAGUUUCCCUCAAAGAAAUGCUUUUUUCUGUUUCUCAUUUUCUUUCUUUCUUUCGAAAGAAGUGGUGUUUAAACUAACUGAAUAAUGAGUUACAAAACUUGUUCCAUUUGUAUUUUCCCCCCUUUUUUAAUUUUGCACUGUGGUGGAAUUCAGACAAGUGUUGUUAUUAUUUAUGUCCAUAAUAUAUAUGUUCUUGCAGACAUAAAUGUUUUAUCUUUGCUGUGCAAAAGAGACUAUUUUCCCGAUGUAAAGAGAUGUAUAUAUUAAAUACAUAAUGUGUAAACAAAAUUAUUUUUUAAACAAUGUGGUUUGUUUCCAUGAACACCAAUAAAAUUGUAAAAUGUA